AUGGCUGGAUACGGCCAGCAACCCUACUACCACGACCUCCCGCCCGGCCCACAGCCUCGACGAACCCCCGCACCUCCCGUCAGCCAACCUCCGUCUCACGACCCGUUCUCGAACCAGCAGGACCCGCCAGGCUAUCCUGCGCCUGCUGCAGCUUCUCAGGACCAGUACGGCUACGGCUACGCACCCGCACAACACGCACCUGCGGAUCCAGCGGAUUACUCGGCGGGAACGGCUGCUGCGUACCAAGGAGGCGCGGGCGGACAGGCGCAGGACCCGUUUGCGACGCCCGGGCUGUACAGCGGUGGACAGGCUGAGCCGCAGUGGGCCACGCCCGUGUACGCAGCGGGAGGCGCAGGUGGAGCGCAAGGCGAUCUUGGCGAUUCGGCGGGAGGAGGAGGAGCGACGCAGUACCCUCCCUACCAGUUCCCGACCGACCAGUCCUACCAGCACUCUCAGUCGCACCUCCCUUCGCACCCGACCUUCGCGGCGAACCCGGCAGACCCGAAUAAUGGUGGUCCGGCAGACGACGACCAGGCGCCGCUGUUGCCGUCGCAGGGACACGGGCAUGCGCGGUGGAGCACGACGGGAGGCGCGCUUGGGCAGGCGGAUGCGAUGCUCGGCUUGCCUGGAGGCUUUGACCCGACCGCGGGAAAUUCGUACCCUCCUUACGGUGGCGGGCCGGCGCAGGGCGGCUACGGGCAGGGAAUGGACGACGGAGACGCGCAGAGUGUCGUCAGGUAUGGGCGGAUCCCGCAGCGGCAGCCGAGGCGGUACAAGACGGUCAAGCGCGUUCAGCUCUACCACGGCAAUCUCGUCCUCGACUGUCAGGUCCCGCCCAAGCUGCUCGAGCGGUGCGCAAGGAAGGACGACCGCGAGUUCACUCACAUGCGGUACACGGCCGCUACUUGCGAUCCCGACGACUUCCUCAACGAACGCUACGCCCUCCGCCAAAUCCUCUACGAGACCCCUCGCCGCACCGAGCUCUUCAUCGUCCUCACGAUGUACAACGAAGACGAAGUCCUCUUCUGCCGCACGAUGCACGGCGUCAUGAAGAAUAUCCAGCACUUGUGCGAGCGGAAUCGCAGCAAGACCUGGGGGCCGGACGGGUGGAAGAAAGUCGUCGUCUGCAUCGUCUCGGACGGCCGCGCAAAGAUCAACUCGCGCACGCUCUCGGUGCUCGCAGCAAUGGGCGUCUACCAGGACGGCGUCGCGAAGAACGUCGUCGCGGGAAAGCCGGUCACGGCGCACAUCUACGAGUACACGACGCAGAUCUCGAUCGACCCGGACCUCAAAUUCAAGUCUGCCGAGCGCGGUCUCGUCCCCGUUCAGAUCAUCUUCUGCUUGAAGGAAAAGAACGCCAAGAAGAUCAACUCGCACCGCUGGUUCUUCAACGCCUUCGGGCCGAUCCUCCAGCCCAACGUCUGCGUCUUGCUCGACGUCGGAACGCAGCCGGGACCGACGAGCAUUUACAAGUUGUGGAAGACGUUUGAUCUCAACUCGAACGUUGGCGGUGCUUGUGGCGAGAUCGUGGCGCUCAAGGGCAAAUACUUCCGCAACCUCCUCAACCCGCUCGUCGCCGCCCAGAACUUCGAGUACAAGAUGUCAAACAUCCUCGACAAGCCCCUCGAGUCCGUCUUCGGCUACAUCACCGUCUUGCCCGGUGCUUUCUCCGCAUACCGCUACAUCGCCCUGCAGAACAACGCGAAGGGCGAAGGACCGCUCAAGGAGUACUUCAAGGGCGAGACGCUGCAUCACUCGGUCGAUGCCGACUUGUGGACAAAGAACAUGUACCUCGCCGAGGACCGCAUCUUGUGCUGGGAGCUCGUGGCCAAGCGCGGCAGCGCAUGGCUGCUGCACUACCAGCGCAGCGCCUACGCCGUCACUGACGUACCCGAUCGAGUUCCCGACUUGAUCGCUCAGCGGCGUCGCUGGCUGAACGGCUCGUUCUUUGCCGGUAUCCACUCUUCGUACCACUUUGGCUAUCUCUACCGUUCCGACCACUCCUUCAUUCGCAAGCUCUGGCUCCACGUCGAGCUCUUCUACCAGACUUUCAACAUGCUCUUCGCCUGGUUCGCGCUUGGCAACUGGUACAUCAUCAUGUACAUCCUCACCACGUCGAUGGCGGACCCGUCGUUCGGGCUGAGCGGCAUCCAGUACUUCAACAUUGUCGUGCGAUACUACUACCUCGCAUUGCUUCUCUGCUGCUUCAUCCUUGCGCUUGGCAACCGGCCACAAGGCUCGCACGGCUUCUACCUCGUCAUCAUGAUUUCGUUCGCCCUCAUCAUGGUGUACAUGCUCAUCGCUGCGGGCGUCAUCACGUACUAUGGCGUCGUCCAGGCGAAGAACACGAUCGAGGCGGACGGCGGCAAGUUCAAUGUCAGCGAUGUCUUCACAAACACCACCUUCCGCAACAUCUGCAUCUCGCUCCUCUCGACCUACGUCCUCUACCUUGUCUCGUCGAUCAUCUUUUUCGACCCGUCCCACAUGUUCACGUCGUUCCUCCAGUACCUCCUUCUCUCGCCAUCCUUCACGAACGUCAUCAACGUUUACGCCUUCUGCAACGUCCAAGAUGUCACCUGGGGAAACCGGCCUGAGGAAAAGGCGAGCAACGACCUUGGUGUGGCGCCGGCGAAGGGCGAUGGAGUCGAUGUCACGGUCCCGACGGACGAGAAGGACAUCAACGCCGCCUACGAGGACGCCUGCCAUGUGCUCGCGUCGAAACCUCCGCCGCCCGUCAAGACGGUCAACCUCGAGGAGAAGAUGACCGACUCGUACCGCGCCAUUCGCACGAAUGUCGUCCUCGCCUGGACGCUCACGAAUGGCGCGCUUGUCGCUGCCAUCCUGAGCACGAGUGCGGGCGACACGGUCACGACGACGAGGAGCAACGUCUACAUGGCGUUCCUCUUGUACUCGGUCGCCGUCCUCGCCGCCGUCCGUUUCCUCGGCUGCACAUUCUACAGUAUCAUCUGGGUCUUCGCCAAUUAG